AGUCCUAUUGGCUUAUUCGUAGAUAAUCAGGUCGCGUGGCGCGGCGUGGAUGUGGCAAGCCCGGUCGCUGAGAAAUUCCGCUUGGUCGGGUCUAGAUACAGCCCACCUUUGAUAUACCUACAGAGAUGUAGGCAAUCUAUGACAUCUAAACCGGGGAUGCUUAAACCGGGACAUGUCGAACUUAUCAGCUUUCUCUCUUAUGUGAAUCCACUUCCCUCCCGCCCCCUUUUCACGCGCAACUGUUGAGCCAAACUUGCUACAAGGGUUACACGCCACACGGGAAGCUUCGGUCGGCGUUGCAUUAAGAAGGGACUGAGGGAUUUAAAGAUACACGGCGGCUUCUUUUGUGCGGAUCUGUAGAUUAGGCGGCCAAGAAGUGACCAAGAAGCAACCAAGCACAAUAAACCACGCAUGCGCUCACUGACGUAGUGCUAAUUACCUGGUUAUUUAUUUCAAAACUGUGAGCCAGCGCAGGUUAUCUUCGAGAUUCUCAUCCUCGAGUCGAAUUAUUGGUUCUUGAAACCCCCAUUUCAUUUUGGUUGCUUGGAGUAUUGAAUAUUAAGCGCCCUACCUACUUCUCACAUAGCAUCACCAGACCUCCUGCUGCACUGCAUUGUCACCUCAACGUCACUAUGCCAGAUGAGGAGAAACUCGACCCUAGCCCAAUGAUCGACUUAGUGUCACCCGAGGAGCAGCCAUUUAGUCGGCGGCUCUACAGGCAGCUCUCCGAGGAAGUCGAUACGAAUAUAGGGUCUUUGCCUCUAAUAGCCUGUUGUUUCGCAACAGGCCUCACGGAUGGAACUUUAUACAACGCGUAUGGCACUUUCGUGUCGAUGCAAACUGGAAACACCGUCUUCGUUGCCCUAGGAGCUUCAGGACAAAACAACAGGCCAUUCGGAUGGGCUCGCUCGCUAUGCUCGAUAGGAUGUUUCACCAUAGGGUGUCUAGUCUUCUCCCGGCUGCAUAAGCUGAUCGGUGGUGGGCGUCUGCGAAGAACCGUGUUCUUCUCCUUUCUUCUCCAGACCGUAUUUGUGGUCGUGGCAGCUACCAUCAUCCAAACCGGCAUCGUCGAUGGCCGAUAUCCCUCGCGGAGAGACCCCAAUGUCAUGGAUUUCCUCGAACUGGCCCCGGUUGCGCUACUUAGUUUUCAGGCCGCGGGUCAGAUAACGAAUAGUCGCGGAUUAGGUCUGAGCGAAGUGCCGACGGUUGUAAUUACGACGCUGUUGUGUGACUUAAUCAGCGAUGAGCGGAUCCUGGACCCCCUUACGCAGAAUGUGAAGCGAAAUCGUAGGGCUGUGGCUUUCCUUCUCACGCUACUCGGGGCUAUCUGUGGAGGAUGGAUUUCUAAAGCUACUGGUGCCGUACAGCCAAGUCUAUGGUUUGUUGCCGCAAUCAAAGCUACGAUUACAAUAUUCUGGCUGUGCGUACGCAGAGCGAAAUGAGCAUGCUUUUAAGGGUACCUAAUGAUAAAUAUGAGAUUUGGAGGGAUACUGUUUUAUACUGAGCAAGUUUAGACCAUUGAUUUGAUACUAAAUUGUACACUUAAUUACUUAUAUACCUUUACUGAGAUCAGUACCUAGAAUAUAUCAAGAUAUAUGCUAU